AUGCAGAAGGAUUAUCUGAAAUUAUUUAAUAAAGAUGAUGAUAAAAAAAAAGAUGAUACAAAUAUAAAAGAAGAUAAUACAAGAGAAUUAUUUGGUAAAGAAAAUAAUGUAGAAGAAGAUGAUAUAGUAGAAUUAUUUGGUAAAGAAGGUGAUAUGAAUAAAGAAGAUGAUGAUUCAAAAGAAUUUUGUAGAGUAGACAAUGCAAGAGAAUUAAGAUUUGGUUGA